GCUACUAUGUGAAUCAGCACAAUGCCAGAUAUAAAAUCAGGCACCACCUGAUUGAAUUUUAGGACGUGCUCAAUGAACAUCGAAAAGUCUUUGUUCCUAGUAUUGUUUAAUUGUGAACUUAUUAAUUCUCUCAAGAGUUGUGUGUAUGAAUGUAUCUAUAAAUCUGAAUCUUCGUCUAUUGCAGUCUCUGCGCAUAUUGGUAUCUACAAGCAGCAACAUUUCUGAAGUGAGUGCAGUUCAGUUCGUUCAACAUACUUUCUUAUUUCUACUUCUCUUAUUUUCACAUUAUGCUCGACAUAUAGCUUCGAUUAACCUCUCGGUCGUAUUAAUUUUUAGAUUGAUAGCUAGCAUGGAAAGUAUUCAAGUUGGCUCCAAUACACUUAAUCUGGAACUUCUUAUUAACCGCAACAACUAUAAGAAGUGGAGAUUACAGGUAAAAACUUAUUUGUUGUCAGAAGAUCUAUGGGAUGUUGUAGAAGCAAACACGGAACCUCCAAAACUAGAAGAUGAUCAAGCCGGUUAUAAGGCUUGGACCAAAAAGAAUGCCAAGGCUUUACACACAAUCCAAUGCUCAUGCGGGCCGGAGAUGUUUCCUUUUAUAAGCGAAACUGAAUCGGCCAAAACUGCCUGGGAGGCUUUGGAACAAGAGUGCAAGGUUUUGCAAGAGAGGCCGAGGGACUCGAAGGUACAAUCGUCCUUCUAAGUGCGCGGGCGUGCCAACUCCCGGCCUGUUGGCCAAGCGAGGUUUUUGAUUAAUUUUGCGCCUGAUCUGACUUCUCCCAAGUGAUUGUAGACCGAGGAAGGAACCGUCUCGGCCGUUGGGUAGAGCCUUUGUUGCAAGGACUUUCGGCAUUUUCACCGAUGUUUCUCCUCUUUUUUUUGUGAUUUUUUGUAUAAGUUUGCGAGAAUUAAAGUGCGAAAAGUAAAAGAACAAGAAUCUAAAA